GUAAAACAAUACAAGUGUCAACUGAAUCUGAUACUUGGACGCCAAUAUCUUUUUCAUCCAUCGGCAUUUUCUAAACUUCCAAAAGGUGCCUGGGAAUAACUGUUUAAUAGUGAUAAAUAUUGGAACUACAUAUGCACCAAACACCAUCACUGAUCACUAUAAUGGCUGGAUGGUUUAUAUUACUGCUGGUGUUGUGUGUCUGUCAAUUCGGGAGAGUGAGAGCAUCAUGCGAUUGCAAGUUAAGUGCAAAUACCACACCAAUAACACCAGAGAUCAUCAAACCAAGGCUGGAUGCACAAGAAGCCAUUAUCAAUAGAAUUGAAGAGAAGUACUUAAAGUUAAAACAAGACAAUCAGUUUAAUCUUGAGCGAAUGAAGAAUUCCAAAAGAGAGGGCCAGCAUGCAAUAGAUACUGUAUAUAUAGAAGGACAUCAAUGUGAAAAAAAGGGCAGGUUUCACUGCUUAGAAUCAGGAGAAUGUAUCCAUUCACUUCUGGGCUGUGAUGGCAUAGUGGACUGCUUAGAUGGAUCUGACGAGUCUUACACAUCAUGCAUUAACCCUUUCAAGAUUGGCGACAAUUGGAAAACAGUUCUUCCUUGGAAACAGCAAUGUAUCCUGGAUGCUUAUUCAUUUGUUACAAUGACUUCAACAAUAAAAAGUUUGAAGAGCUUGGAAUAUUUUCCACAGAUUGUUUUAGGAACUGCCAUAGGGAUAUAUACAUUUAGAGAUAGCGACGGAAGGAACGUUGAUGGCAUUGUGAAAUAUGAGUUUUCCUACAAUUUCGCAUCAAGGGAAACAACCUGGAAACAUACAGCCGACAGGUUUAAUAUAACAGGAUAUGGAAUUAUGCCCUACUACCUUGCUUCAGAACCCAAACUUGCAACAGGUGAUUAUUACUACGGUAAUGAGUUAAAGAAGCUUUGCUCACAUGCAGUUUGGUAUCGACUAAGUUGAUUAUCCACAAAAUUGAUUAUCUACAAAAUUGAUUAUCUACAAAAUUGAUUAUCUACAAUAUUGAUUAUCACAGAACAUAUUCAUUGUAGAAUUAAAAGACAAAAGAUUACCUAAAA